AUGCCUCCUAGGCAAGCUAAGCGCACACAACCGGCAAGAUCCGCCAAGAGCAAGCCCGUCGGUCAGAAUGACGACUACGUACCAAAUGAUUCAGAAUUGUCUGUCGACGAUCUUGAUAUCAUAGACUCUUCGUCUGUUGAUCGGGUGGACUCUGACGAAGAAGCCUCGGAGAAAAAGCCUAAGGCGAAACGUAAGAAAGGAUCGAAGAAAGUCGCAAGCAAGAGAACAAACACACUCAAGCAACGCAAGCAGCGCUCUGAACAAGAGAAGCUGACGCCAUGUGGGGAGUGCGGAUUUCUCAUGUCCGCAAAGGGUGCUCUCAAGAAUCGGUCUCGGGUCACGCAUUACCGCGACUACCACCCCGAGUUGCUCCCGUCGGAACAUGGUGAACUCCACAUGAAGUACGACCACACGCCUCCUGCUGUGCCUCCGCCUCUACCUACGACAUUGAAGCCGCCGUUGCCAAUGACUGUGCGGGCUGAGCUAGUGACGCAGGAACGCGUUGAUCUACUACGUACGAUUGUGCGGCAUGUGGCACGACGGACGUCUGAUCCCGAAGACAGCUCGAUCGACAUGACAGCAGAGCCCUCAGAUGAGGCAGCAGAGACAUUGUCAUCGCGUCUCGGUGCAGCUGAUCACACCGACCAACCAGACUCGAAUGACGUCGGUGAGAGCGCCCUGCCAGUCACAAAUGAUGUCGAUCAAAGCGCGGCGCCAGCUUCAAAUGGAGCCGACGCAGUUCCAUGUCCGACCGCGGUCCAGCCAGCCAUCGAACAGCAGUUUAUAGCAGGAGCCAAGUUGAUGGCAUUCAGAGACAGCAUACAUGCUCUGCCCGACGGUGCCCGUCAUGGGCAGACAAGCAAAUAUCUCUCUCAUAGAGAGAUUGACGGCUUGAUCCAGUCCAUUCUCCGCCUUGCGGCUGGUCCAAGCAUUCGUCAGGUACUGUGGGAGAUGAGCAGUGUUGAAGCACAUACCAUGAACUUCCGAGAGCAAGACCUUCUGAUGCUGUCGCUCAAGGUAACGCACCUACGUCUCUUGCAAGAGCACUACGCUCUUCUGGGAAACAAAAUUCGAUGGCUUCUUGAGCGAGUGCCCUACUGGGUUCUGCUGCUCCCGCGAGAUCUCCACCCCUGGCUUGUCGCUGCUGCCAGAAUACUAGCUCAUGCGGAAGAUGCUUCAUUUCCGACCCUUUCGAUAAACUCAUGGCCUCGAUGGACUUCAGUCUUGGUGUCUCACUUAUCGAAGGCUGAUUCCUCCUGGCCUCAGACUCGUAAUGAAGUACUGGCCGGCCGCACAAGCCUGAUAAGAUCGUACAAGAGGUUGUCGAGGAAAGGCAUCAUGGUCAACUUUUUGCAGGCGGUUCACCUUCACCAACAUAAGCAGUUUCAGAUACCGUGCACAGGCCUAGACACCGAUCAGUUGUUCGCUGUUGCCAGUAGCGCCUUUGAUGCUACGCGCGUGGGUCACGAUAGAGAAACUGUUCAUAUGCUCACACUGUAUCAGAUUGAUGAGCAGUACCGGCGAGCUGCUGAGCUUCUACCACCAACUCCAAGUGCUUCCUGCUCUGGCCCUAAUGGAUGCACGGCGGAGGUACAUCUCUGCUUUGUGUGCUGGCGUGGUACGCCUUGCAGCGAGCUCGCGGUCGACCAAGCAAGUCACCACGAUAUCUGUAUCAAGUGUGAUAGGAAGCUCGAGCCCUCAGCAAAACUGUAUCCACAACGAUGGGUGCGCGAGGUUCUAAAACGACUCCAUAGGCGCUCUCGGGAUGAGAAGAUGGCCUGCGAAUUUAGACUGCCCAUCGAACUCAACGACAUGAUGACGGAGAAUAUAUCAAUUGUCCAGGGCGAGUUACUCCCGCUAGUCUACGAUGCAGAAGGAUGUGUAUUUCUCGACGGACUCAUCGAUCAGACCAUCAAUUUUGGGAAGGGGAACAUGACCCACUCCGGACAGCUUAGAAACUACCUUCGUGCCACAGUUGACGGACAUCAUCCUUUCGUGAUCGACAAGAAAGAGGGAGUGUUGUUCACACGCAACCACAUGCGUGGAAACAUCAAUCUCAUCUCAGGGUCGCUCAAUAUCCCAUUGGGACCGUAUCCAAAGUAUUUGCUCAUCUGCUUCAAAGCCUUGAGAGACGCUUAUGAUGCACCACCUGCCAGCGGCUUGAUCAAUACAAAGCAGCACUCGCUCUUACUCGGUGAUCGAGCUGGUCAGCCAGUCAACAACGUUACAGAAAUUUACCAGCAAGCUUGCGUCAAUGGAGCUCUCUUGCCUGAUCGCAUUCGCUGCAAACCCCGAGCAGAAGUCUGGAGAUUGACCGGCAAAGGAUCCAGGGGCUCGGCAUACAUCAAAGACUCAGACUUCGACUUCAAAUACCUUUAUGAGGAACUUCAUCGCAUUGCUGCAUUGCCGAAGUAUCGAUUGACCGGAGAGCAUUCGGAUGGAUUCGACCUCACAAAGCUGUGGCUGAGAGACGGCGUCUUCGCGCCUUUCUCUGUGUUCAGCGUCUUGGUCGGAUAUGACAAUACAAGUAUGCUCCGACUGCUCGCCGCAAAAUUGCACAUGAUGCGGAACGACUGUGAUCGCAAAGAGAAGAACACAAUCGACCGGCCUGACGUGGGUCUCGGAGAAUUCAUUUUGACUAUUGCUCAUCUGUGGUUCGGCAUGCUUCGGACAGACCUCGAUUUGGGUUUCCCACCUCAGAUGUGUGGGCGUGACGGUGGCGGCUGGGUACCGCUCGCCAACAUUCUGACUCUUCUGUGCUGGUCAGUGGGCCAUAAUACUCCUGGCGAGGCGAUGACUACGGGUCUAAGUGGUUACAAUCCAGCGAAGCGGACACCGACUUCCUUUGUUCGGGCGGACUGCAACAUGCUGCUUGAAACCUACCUUUGGAAUGGGAUGAAAUGGGAUUAUCCGCGAUCAGACUAUGACGGUAUCAGCGGCCAGAUCGACAAAGUCAGGGACAAGCCCCUACGCAAUGCACCAUGCCCGUUCCCACCCGAAAACCUGUCUCAGCCAGCCUACAUCAACGAAAUUGAUCGAUUAUACCCUGGCGACCCCGUCGGUCUUGCCCUCGAAGACAAUCCAGACCUCGUCCGCUGCAAUCUAUGCGGCGACUAUCAGCAUGUCGAAUGUGCUGAAGUGGGAGAUCGCGAGGAGUACUUUUGCGCUGGAUGUAAGCCUUUCAUGGACGAUGAUGAGAGCGACGCGCCAGCGUCAAAGGACGGCGAUUCGAAUGUCCUGCCAGGCUCGAACAAUCCGAAUUUCAGACCCAUUAGAGGCUCAGGUGACGCCAAUUCAAGCGCCCUGCCAGCUACGAGUGGCGGCCCGCUGAACAACAAUCCAAUCUUCUCCGAGGACCAAGCUCUCAAGCCGCGCAACAUGCAGCGAGUAGGGGAUUCGUGCUUCAUUUCCGCUGCACUACAAGUUGCUCUUCGACUCCCCUCUGUACAGGAGAGUGUACAGCUACCAGCAGAUAUUUUGAUCACUGGGCGUUCCCUGGACGAUGAGGUGAUACGCGAAGAUGAGAAGAAUGGUUUUCCAAAGCUUUCCAAGUACUACAAAUCCAUCCAAGCCCUGUACGAAGAGCUACUCAAGGACGGUUCUUCUGUACCAUCUAGCUUCACUAAAGUAAUUCGUGAUGCUGCGAUGGAUAUGAAUCCGUCCUUCAGACCAUCCAAAGACUUCAGCAAGGCGACUGCCGGAUACAACGAUGCCGCCGAAUUCCUCGGCUUCACCUUGCAACAGAUCGUACACGUUCACGAUAGAUCUGAUAACGCGAUCGUGUUUAACAUAGGGGCCGGUGAAACCUUUCUCACACGGUUCCUCCAACUGAAGCGUCUCUACGAGAACGAGACUAAGUCUCUCGACAGCAUCACAACGGAAGCGCGCAACUACAUGGCUGCUUGGCACAAAACUGGUCGCGACUCGAAGCUGGCACGGGAUUUCGACCUACAUAGGGUUUUCGAGUAUGCAUGUCCCAAGUGCGGUAUUCGCCGAGAAUACAGCACUUCUCAUAUCCAAACGCUGUCAGUUCCUGGCGACAUUCCGCCCAACCAGGCGUUCAACAUGAGACGAUGGGCUGAAGAGACAGAGGACCAUAUCUACGAAUCCGUGUGUGACAUAUGUCAAAGUCAUGUCACGCCUGGAACCAGUGAGAUUGGUUGGGCUUUUUUGAAUACCCCGAAGUUCUUGGUUGUAAGAGUAGAUCGCUCCUACGGAAGCGUCUUGAAGCAGAACCGCCUGGUGGACCCUGACGACACAAUUGACCUGGAACACUUCAUGACGGGACGUUUGCCAUCAGACGAUACGUAUCCUCUCAACACCCCAACCAAGUACCGAAGAGUCAGUGUCGUGGCUAGCGUAGGCGGAAACCAUUACGUUGGUCUAGUUCGCCGCGAAUCGACGGAGUCCUGGCUACUGUUCGAUGACUUCCGCAAAGGCCGUGCGGAGGAGAUUAUCAUGGAAGAUAUUGAAGACCGUUGCCCGGGCUUUUGUGAGACACUGAUCGUCUAUCGACUGGAAGAAGAACCACAACCAGAGCCUGAUCCACCAGUGAUUGGCUCUAUCGAGGAUGACCAUGAAGGAUCAUAG